ACUUAAGAGUAGCAACUCCUGCCAAUUCCAUAAAUCACUUGCAACAGACCAGAAUCCACCACCACCACCACGAACCACGACAUUGAAUCGGCGCAGCUUCCAGAACACCACAGAGAAAUGGGUGAACACGAUCCUAUUGUAUCACACGGCCGAGGAGGCCAAGGCAACAUCGGCGCCGACUCCACCGAAUACGUCGACGCCGCCAUAGUUCGUGAAGGCAUCUACGGCGACCAAGGCGACGGCGCCUACUCCGCCGGUCGCGGCGGAGCAGGCAACAUCGGCUCCCCACACGUGCGUCCCACUUCGAAAGUGCCCCACGACGCGGAAGUGAUUCCGGAAUUGGCGGUGCGACAAUCCAUUGAUGGGGAUUAUCAUACUGGGCGCGGUGGACAAGGUAACGUUCAUCUCGAUGAGGAGCACCGGAAGGAGAAGGAGAAGAAGCAUCAGCAUCGGCAUGAUCAGUAUGAGGGGUUGGCGGAUAAGUUGAAGUAUAAGCUUUUUGGGCGGAAGUGAUGGGGUUUUUUUUGGGGGCGGGUGGUGAGUGUUAAUUGU